CGAUCGAUUUACCGGCCUUCGAACGCAGUGCGUAGUGGGAAGAUGGAGAAAUCUGUGGGUUCUUUGCAGGAGCAAGCUUUAAAGAGAAAAGAGCGUCUGCGAGCCCUUCGAAGCAAACAAAUCCAUAACAAAAGCCCUGAUGAUGAAGAGCCUGAAAGUAAACGUCCCUUAGAUGAUGCAGAAGAGGUGAAGCACAGAGAAUUGAGGCUACGUAAUUACACUCCUGAAGAUGAGGUACUGAAAGAAAGGCAAGUCCCCAAAGCAAAACCUGUGUCAGUUGAAGAGAAGGUGAAAGAUCAGUUGGAAGCGGCCAAACCUGCACCAGUGAUUGAGGAAGUGGAUUUGGUUAACCUUGCACCUCGAAAGCCAGACUGGGACUUGAAAAGAGAUGUUGCCAAGAAACUAGAGAGGCUUGAGAAGAGAACACAAAGGGCAAUAGCAGAACUUAUCCGAGAAAGAUUAAAAGGCAGUGAAAGUGACUUGGCAUCAGCAGUUGGUGCAGUGAAAGGCAAUGAUGGCAAUGGAAGUGAUUCAGAAUGAAGAUGGCAACAGCCUGAAUGGUAUUCAGGAUGGAGAAAAUUAGGCUAUGGCAAUGAUGAUAGCGCUGGGACCCUUAAAGCAACAGUUGCUGCUGCUGUUGUAGCUAGCUACGAAACAUCUGCUAGGGGCUUUGAUGUGGGAGGACUUUUAAUAUGACUCCUAUCACAUAUGAAGCAAAUUUCUUUUCUGAAAGGUGACAUUUAAAAUGUAAUAUUUUACUACUUUAAGUUGUACUCAAAAUUUUUCUCAUAUAACUUUUAUAUAACUUUUAUAAUAAAGUUCUAAAAUUCUG